AUGACUUUGGAGUCCAUGAUGGCGUGUUGCCUGAGCGAUGAGGUGAAGGAAUCCAAGCGGAUCAACGCCGAGAUCGAGAAGCAACUGCGCCGGGACAAACGGGACGCCCGACGGGAGCUGAAGCUGCUCUUACUGGGCACCGGAGAGAGUGGCAAGAGUACAUUUAUCAAACAAAUGAGGAUAAUCCACGGCUCCGGCUACUCUGAAGAGGACAAGAGGGGUUUCACCAAGUUGGUAUACCAGAACAUCUUCACUGCCAUGCAGUCCAUGAUCAGGGCCAUGGAGACCCUGAAGAUCCUGUACAAGUACGAACAGAACAAGGCCAACGCCCUGCUGAUCCGGGAGGUGGAUGUAGAAAAGGUCACGACGUUUGAGCAGCCAUAUGUAAGUGCAAUUAAGACUCUGUGGAAUGACCCUGGAAUCCAGGAGUGUUACGACCGAAGGCGAGAAUACCAGCUCUCCGAUUCAGCUAAAUACUACCUUACUGACGUAGACCGAAUUGCCACCAUAGGGUACUUACCGACUCAACAGGAUGUGCUGCGGGUGCGAGUCCCCACCACUGGGAUCAUAGAGUACCCUUUUGACCUAGAGAACAUCAUUUUCAGAAUGGUAGAUGUUGGCGGUCAGAGAUCGGAACGGAGGAAGUGGAUCCACUGCUUUGAAAAUGUGACCUCCAUCAUGUUUUUAGUAGCUCUUAGUGAAUAUGACCAAGUUCUGGUGGAGUCGGAUAAUGAGAACCGAAUGGAAGAGAGUAAAGCCCUCUUUCGGACCAUUAUCACCUACCCUUGGUUCCAAAAUUCCUCAGUCAUCCUCUUCCUCAACAAGAAGGACCUCCUGGAAGACAAGAUCUUGUAUUCCCACCUCGUGGACUAUUUCCCAGAGUUUGAUGGACCACAGAGGGACGCCCAGGCCGCCCGGGAGUUCAUCCUCAAGAUGUUUGUGGAUUUAAACCCAGACAGCGAUAAAAUUAUCUACUCUCACUUCACUUGUGCCACAGACACGGAGAACAUCCGUUUCGUCUUUGCCGCCGUCAAGGACACCAUCCUCCAGCUGAACCUGAAAGAGUAUAACUUGGUCUGACCCUGUUCUCUUCCCUGGGUGCCAAGGAGAGAUUCCCCCCAGCCCAACCCCUCCAAAAAACAAAAUGAAAAAAACGAAAAAAAAAGGCAAAAUUUACGGGAAAAAAAUAUCUUUCAUUUUUAAUGAUGUAAUGAUUGCAAAUUGUCUGAUCUGUGGAGUGGCGAAUUUGCUCAGUGUUAUUCUGAAUCUCAUGUUUCUGGCCACAGAGUAGUUGAUUUUUUUUUUUCUCCCCUCCCCUCCCUCUUUUUAACAAAUGGCUUUUAUUUCACAAUUAGCACCACACUUCAUGCACCUCUUAAUCUUUUGCCAACUGUAAAGGCUUCUCUUGGGCUUGAUGUUUUUGUUUUUUUUAACUCCCAUACCUAGUUUGGUUUUGAUUCUUUCCCCGGUCCACAUCUCCAGCCCUUGACUAUGUUUAUGCGAACUCACUGAACUGCGGGCAUGCAGAGCGCCCCUGUAAGUCUCACGGAGCCUCCACCACGAACGCUUGCUUUUUCCAAAUCUGUGCACCACGGUUCACUGGGAUGAAGAGGGCAACCCCGCUCUUCCCCACGUCAACGGCUGCCCAAAAAAAAAAAAAAAAGAAAAGAAAAAUUAGUCAACAGCCAGCCAACUGACCAAAAAGAAGCCAUCACUCUUCCAUCCUUCAGUGUACCUGUCAUUCCGGGUUAUUGUUUUCUUCCCAAUUAUAAAACAUACUGAGACUGAUUUUUUUUUAAUUAUUGAUGUUGUCUAUGUAGUUUGCUCCACGCUGGGUUUCCAUUCGGUGGACUGCAAAACGUGCGAUCUGCCAAACAGGGGAAAUGUCUAACUCUGAGAUUUUUCAAAGCAAAUACAGGUUUCGUUGAUUAUAGAGAAGCCCUGCCCACUUCCCCCCUGAACCUUCCCAGAGCAAAGGGAAAAUGAACCCCCAAGUAUCUUCUGGGUUUGGCUGGAUUAGGGAGCCACAAGGGCUUCUAUGUUUCUGUAACAUGCUGAAUCACAAUUGUUCUCACACUUUGUGCCAGAGAGGGUCAGGCCCUCUGAAGAAAGUUAACUCUCCAGGCUGGCUCCGGUUCCCUGGAUUUGGGAGGUGGGAAGAGGUGGGGGUAGUAAACUUGGGAACUGGAACGUAUCCUAAAUUGAAACAAAAAGAUGAGAAAAGGA